CGUUUCACUCGUUCUCGUUCUCUCUCGCGCUCUUUCUCUCUCGUUCUCCGUCCCGCUCGUUCCCUCGCAAAGAAGGGGUUUGUCGACGAGAAAGCAAGUCGAGGCUUUCGACUUGGUCUCCUUACGAAGCCGAGCACACAACAGUUGCGAGCGUCGUCGCGAGAGUUCUAGGCCUCUCCGGUCUGCCCUCGAGUCACCCGAGUCCUUGUUGCGUUGGCGCUAAACACACUCGUCCUCGAUCGAUCUUCCCGAUGAAAAAUAUCUCCAUUUCGUUGCGAUAAAACGAGCAAAACUUCAAUUUUUUCAUCCGAAAGAAGCAUCCUUGGCCUUGACAAUAUCUUGAGCACUCUCGUUGCCCUUCAACGUUCCUCCGCCUCUCGAGAGUGUCGUCGUUCACUUCGGAAGCGUUAAUUCCUCAGUGCAAUCACUCGCUUCGUCCCAGUGUGCCGGUGCUUGUGUAAAUCCCUCGUGCUCGUCCACCCCGAUUUUUCACCGCGUCGCGACGAUCGCUAUCCGCGACAAGCUCGAUCGGGAUGCUUCGAAAAUUGGAUUUAAUGGUUCUCGUGUUACUUCCGGUGAUUCUGAGCCACCGGAAAAAUCAAGGAAGUGCUCGGAGCGAAGACGUUCUCCUGCUGCAACAGAGACGCGGCUUUAAGGGAAGCCCACGGCCGUACGGCAUCGACAGACCGACCAGGGUCGAAGAGUUCAACAGAACUGACGUCAUACAUCCGGAGUAUCAGAUACCGGCCACUCUCCAACCCGGAAACGUGUCCAAGUUCUAUUAUUUGAGUCCUCGCGAUGGGCCACCGUUGACACUGCUCGUGACACCGUGUAAGGGCCCGAUAUCGUGGACGGUUAGUUCGGUUGGGCCUCCGGACGAGGAUCAUCAUCAGAGCACCGGAGCGAGAUCUCAGACAACGUGGCCCGUUAAAACUCUUAUUUCUGGCUCGCCCCUGUUCACAUACGAGGGCGAGGAUGCCCAAAAUUUCACGAUCCCGAAGGUACGAGCUGGCUUGUACAGACUCGAGAUCAAAUCGCUCGUUGAAAACACCGACUUAACGGAUAAAUCACCGAAUACCGUACUUCUCUACGUAACCUCGAGCGAUCUCGAUCAUCUUCCUGCUAGAUCUUCCAACGUAAUUGGAGGCAAACAGCGUCACGGUACUCUCAGAUUUCAACAGAGAAGAAGUCCACGACGACUGACAGUUUCUUGGAGCAAGAGCCAAGUGGAUCCUCAUCUGUCGAGUUACUGCCUCGCGGUAACUUCGGGCACUUCUCACCCAAAGACUCUCUGUGCAGCCGAAAACGUUCUCAAAAGUUAUCCUCGAAUGAACACUAAAGGAAUUUCGAAAGAACAUCGCAGUGUCCCGGAGGGUCUUCAUUGCCUUCAUCAAACCAGGCUCACAUUGCACGGCCUCAGAUAUAACGCAACUUACAAUUUCACCCUCUACGUGGUCAGCACAAGAAACAACGUUUCUACGAGGGUUGCAACGGAGAUGAUGAAGUUUCGAAGAACGCCCGCGCAGACGUUGCGAACAGGGCGGUACGUGACCGCUAAUCUUCGGGAAAAUGACGGUUUUAUUAAUUUUCGUUAUCGACCACAAGAAAACGCGACUACGGAGUUUCACGUUUUGCCUUGCGGGGACGGAAUCGUCAGAGCGAAACUCAAAGGACCAGGAAUCGUGAGGAAAAAGGAAGUUAUUGGCCACGCAUCCCUCACAGCUCCGUCACUCCCACCUGGAAAACGCUACACCUUAAGGGUUUCAGCGACCCCUCAAGAAUUAGUGAGAAUGUCGAAAGUCAAGGUCUUGGCCACACAGGAAGGCUCGAUCGUUUAUCCGGAGGUACCGUCGAGGAGUGCACCGAGAGAAUAUCGUUCGUUGAAGAAAUGCAACGAAGUGACAGUCGGAGUGGAGCCAGCCGGUGCAGCAAAAUAUUGCAUUCUGGCUCGCGAGUUGCGGGGUUCCCCAUCGUCUGCAGGGAUCGCGAGUAUUCCCGAUCAAUGUGGUUUGCAUCGUCGUCGGAGAUCGGAGUUUACGUUCGAGAAAUGCAAGGAAAUAACGAGUCCGCCAGAAAACCGUGCACUUCCGUUCACCGUCUCGAAACUUCAGCCAGGGAAAACUUAUCUCGUUCAAGUAACCGCCCAACUCAAAGGACAGUCCUUGUCGUAUCCUCUGCUCGAUGUGCGCACACGAAGAUCCUGUCGACCUUGAUAAUGACCGUCACUAUUUUUUCCUUCGAGUCUGCUAUUUUCGUCGCGAAUUAUUCAAACUUGAGACAAAUUUUUUACUAUCGAUGCACCAAAAAAAUGGCAUUUGUUAUUGCUUCAACGCAUAAACUGCACUUCGGGGCAAAUCUCAAUGAGAAGUCAUGCAUUAUUCUCGAUUUUUUUUUUUUCUAUGACAGGAUAUUCGGCAAUGAAAAAUCAUUUGAAAAGAAACGGAGGCUCAAAAAAUCACUGCUCGUUGGUUCAAAUCGAAGGAAAAACAAGCGUUUCAAAGUAAAAAGUGAAAAUGAGUCUGCGGCCGAAGGAUUGAACGACAGGCACGUUCGAUCGAUUGAAUUAGUAAACGUUUCGUGAAAGAGCCUUGUCUCUCUAUUGUCCAAGAUGAGAAACUAAACGAUCGCAGUUAUUGCGAGGACUCGAAAGAUGGAAAUAUUUUCAAAAUAAGCAAGAUUCCUGCAACGAAUCUCUGUAAAUAUUCGAGUAUGGAUGUGGCAUGUGUGACUUAAUAAAAUAAAAGAGCAGAGGAGCGAGUACCUCUGGCGAUCGGGUCGAGAACGUAUAGUCCAACUUUGAGGAUUUUCUGCUGUCACGAAAAAAACGAAGAAGCGACGUUCGAAGCAGUUAUUCGUAGUUAUUGAGAUCGUCGCUGCUUUUCACGUUCACUAUCGUUUCGUUAAAUCCAUCAUUCGAAAAAGUCUGCCUCCUGCUUCGGACGUUUAAAGAAAAUCCUCAAAAAAAUGGUUGCGCGUUAAAAAAAAAUGAAUUAACAUUUUGCGUGUACUCCGCUCGAGCCGUGUAUAAAACGAUUAAAUUUUUUUCCAAAUAAAUUAAGCUAUUGAAAUAACAA